GUGACAUCGUCCUUUAAGCAAAGGUUAUCAGACAGUUGUGUAAUAAACGCGCUAUGUGCGCGUUUAAUUGACACUAGCAAAGUGUGUGAAGUUUCGUGUUAGUUGUGUGACAAAUGCGUGUGGUGUGAACGUCGAGAUGAGUUUCCUGUCAUCAAUCGGUCAGUACGUGGUCGGCAUGGCCGACAGCGUGGCCGGGCUGGCGCUGUCGCCGCGCCGCGCGCCUCCGCCCCGCCAUCGCUCCGAAGAUACGCAGCAGAAGCCGCAACCAUCCACCGCUACUAUGAGAGGUUAUCCGAGAGUGGUGCCAACUGAAGGCGUGUCGGCUCUGGGUGCUCGGCGGCGCACACUUGACUGCCUAGCGCCGCUCACACCGCCGCGCCGCGGGGGCUCGCUCCGUACACCCCGUCAACAGCCGCCAGAGAAGCCGACCAUGGCUUUCUGCAAGCGACGCCUCUCCUGGCCUGAAGUUGACAAUUCCGUGAACUCGGGGGUUCAAGAUACAGACGGAUCGUAUUUCGAGAGCUUCACGGCUCUAUCGUGGCGUCAAGAGAAUCGUCGCCUGGCAGCGCUGCGACUGGCGGAGGCGCGUGCGGAGCGCCCGCCCCCGGCUCCACAUGAUCUAGGCCUACCCAGCGUGUCCGCUCAACUCUCCCACAAGGAGCACGAUCACUUGUAUACUGAGGUGUUGUACUGCAUUGAGAAUGCAGUAGGCGCUCCGGCGCCUGAUGGUCAAUUCGCGGCAUACAAGGAAGAAGUGAUUGAAUACGCUCGCCGCGCCUUCAGAGUCCCAGUGGACAUCCACGCAAGAGCUCUUCGUGCGGCUGGCAGUGAACGACCGCCUACUGUCGUACUCGGAUGUGCUGUCAUCGAAGCAGACGGUCUUGAAGCUAAAGAUGCUAACGGAUUUAGCGAUCCGUAUUGCAUGCUCGGAAUCCAACCGGCGUCGUUGCCGGCGUCGCCGCGGGCGUCGGAGGACGAGGGCCGCAAGCACGGCUUCCGGCUGAGUUUCAAGCGGCGCGACGGCCGGCAGCAGCGCGACAGCCUCGGCCGCCUGCCCGCACGAUACAUCCGCGCCACUAGUGUUAGACCGCACACAUUAUCGCCCAAAUGGAAUGAGACUUUUAAAUUUGACAUUGAUGACAUAUCCUCGGAUGUUCUACACCUGGACAUCUGGGACCACGACGACGAGAGUUCAGUGCUAGAUGCGGUGUCCAGGCUUAAUGAAGUGCGCGGCGUCCGCGGCCUCGGAAGAUUCUUCAAGCAAGUCUGUCAGAGUGCACGACAGGGCAGUCAGGAUGACUUUCUUGGAUGCGUGAAUAUUCCACUGCGUGAGAUCCCAUCAACGGGUGUGGAAGCUUGGUACAAGUUAGAGGCGCGAUCGCAGCGCUCUUCGUAUAGAUUGGAAUAUCUGUUGCGAUGCCUUAAUCAACUGUCGCAAAUGAAAGCGUUCUGGCGUUGCUGUCCUUUCAACAAGGAGAUAAGAAGUGAAAUAGUGGGCGCUCUUCGUAAGGGUACGGCAGAGUGGUACGAAGCUCUUUGCGCUCAAGAUACGAGGUCUGAGCGAGGCGAGGAUCUGGUCAACUUGAUCACCUUGGUGCAGAUAGACUUGCAACAAGGAUUGACGUACUACCAUCCGUUGUUUGAAACAACCAAUAACGUCCCGUAUUUCACUGUAGUGUUUACGCAGAUCGAUAAAAUGGUGGCAGAAGAUGUUAGACUGUGCGUAGAGCAUUGGAUAACAGAGGGCUGGUGCGGCGUGUCUGAAGAGGAAUUAUACGAUGAACAUGGAAAUGGAGUGUGCGUGGUGUCAGCGAAGACGCUACCGUUCGAAGUGCUAGCAGCAGUACGCGAGCUGUGCGCCGCCGCCGCGCCCGCGCCUGCCCCGCAUCCCGCCGCCGACCCUCCACCGCAACUGCUCGAAGCCUAUUUUUGGUUCGAACCAUUGAUCGACCGUUGGCUGGCUGUGACAAAGACCAUGGCGUUACAGCGAGUGCGCGCCGCAGUCGAAUUAGAUCGACCAGUAGAAGGAGAGCACAUUGUGAAGCACAGCACUUCUUCAGUUGACACUGCGGCUUGCGCGCUGCACUACGCCGACCUGGUGCACGGCGCGCUCGCCGACCAGGGAUACUACGAGAACCACGGACAAAAUAAAACAACGGAGGAGAUAUGUACGAUUGUAAACAACCUGGAGUACGUGCGGCGUUCGCUCGCCGAGUACGACGAUGAGCACAUUGUAAAUGACGACAACGCGCGGCAACUUGUUCGUGGCGCUCUGGGCACGCUAGACGCGCGUUCAACCCGCGCUGCCGCUCCACUGGCGGCGCGGGCUCGUCCUCCGCUGCGUAAGGCAGUGUUCCAUCUUGCCUGGUCACCGGACACCUUGCCUACACCAGAGGCCAUAACUCCCUUAUUGGAGUAUUUAGAUCAGCAUCUAUCUUCACUGAACACAUGGCUGCUACCGCGUGCUUUCACUCGAGCUUUAGCCGGCUGUUGGAGCGCCGUGUUGAAAGAAGUGUGGGCUCAAGCGGACGCUGGGGGUGCGGAGAAGCCAAGAGUCUACCAUCAUCGACUGAGAGAGGCUCUCGAUUUGCUUGCUGAAUUUUUCCAUGCUGAAGGGAAAGGUCUGCCAAUGUCGGAGGUGCACAGCGGCGAAUGGUCUCGACUGGAGCAGCGCAUGCAGUUCCACCAGGCGCAGACAGAGGAACUGCUGGAAUUGUGGCUGGCGGACCGCGUUUUGGACCAGUCGCGCACGCCUUUGCCGUCGCCGUAUGGAUCUAUAUUGGUCAGAGUGUACUUCAACCACGACUCGCUGUCUGUGGAGGUGCUGUCAGCACGUGACGUCAUCCCACUCGACCCUAAUGGAUUGAGCGACCCCUUUGUAGUGCUCGAGCUACUUCCAAAGCGACUGUUUCCCAAAGCUCAGGAACAGACAACUAACGUUCAAAAGAAAACUUUGAACCCGGUGUGGGACGAAUGCUUCGAGUUCGCGGUGACGCUGGAGAUGUGCCGCUCCCCGCAGGCGACGCUGGCGCUGUCCGUGUGGGACCGCGACGUGCUGACAGCGGACGACUUCGCGGGCGAGGCGUUCGUCCCGCUGUCGCGCGUUUCCGGCGUCAAUAGCCACGCGCUGCCCGACCCGCUGCGCCCGCUGGAACUGCCGCUUAUGCAACUACAUGACCGAGGGCAUCCGAUUUUGCAAAUCCUGGAGUCACGUACAACGGACAAAUUGGCGAUGGAUUUCGUCAAGAAACAAAAAUUAAGAUUCGCCGAACAGUAAACGUAUUUUCUCUUGUUAAAUCUAUUUCAGUUGUCUUCUUCGUUUGUUUGUGUGCGCACAACGUCCAUAUAAAUGUCGACAAUAUAUAAAAUAUAUAAAAAAAAAUCUAUUAAAAUUCUAAUCGUUUAUUCGCAUUCAUUAACGUAGGUGUUCGUUGAUGGUUUUAGGAAACAUUUGAAUUAUUGUAAAAAUUACUACAAGACUGUGUUAUUCUUCUAUUCGUGAGAGAUAAACUUGUAAAAAAAUGAAAUUUCAACAAAUUUUAUAUGUGUAUAGCGUGCACUUUCGGAGCUUAUGUCCUUAGAUGUUAGACUCUAUUAGAAAUUCCCGACCAAGUACUAUAAGACUCGUUGUAAACUUUUAUUUUUAUAUUUCUUACUAUAUACUUCGUAGCGUCUUGAAUACGAACUAUCAUAUUGUUUUGCAAUUAAUAUUUGCUCAAUAACUCUAUA